AUGAUAAAUAUAACUAGACCAUUAACCCCUAAAUCUAUUGGGAAAUCAAUUUCACAACAUCCUUACAAAUCCAUUCAAACUAAAUCUAACCAACAAAAUAAUAACAACAACACCACCACUACCACCACUACCAGUAGUAAAUCAUUUGUUCAAGAAAAAUAUCCUUCUCAAUUAUAUGAAUCAGAAAUUAAAAUUCAUAAUCAAAGUCUUGCUGAAUAUGAUUUAGAUAUUUAUGAUAUUAUGGUUGAUUUAAUUGAAACUAAUAAACCCAAUUUAACAUUAUAUAAACAACAACCUUAUUUAACAUUCACUAUACGAUUAAAAUUAAUUGAUUUUUUAUUAAAAAUGUCGAUUCGAUUAAAAAUUUUACCAUUUGUAUUUUUUAAAGCGGUGAAAAUAUUUGAUAGAUAUUGUUCUAAAAGAAUAGUUUUAUUAGAUCAAUCACAAUUAAUUAUAACUACUUGUUUAUGGAUUGCUAGUAAAAUAAUGGGAGGAAAUAAUCAUUUUGUUAAUAUUAAUAAUUUAGAUAAAAUUGGUCAUGAAAAUUUCCGUACUAUUAGUGAUUUAGGUUAUGGUUGUGGUGGUAAAUAUCUUGGUCCAACAGAAAGAUUUCGAUUACCUAAAUUACAUGAAUUAGUUAAAUUAUGUGGAGCAAAAUGUAAAUAUGAUCAAGGAAUGUUUAAACAAAUGGAAGUCCAUGUAUUGAAUACUUUAGAUUGGUCAUUGAAUGAUCCUUCCAUUGAAGAAUUCAUUAUUGAUAGUCAUGAAUUUAAUAUCACCAAUAUUAAUUCUCAUGAAUAUGAAAAUAAUAAUAUUACUACCACCACCACCACCACCACCACCAAUACCACCAUUGAAAGUGAUAACAAUGAUGGUAAUGAAUUUUUCAAAAUUAAAGAAUUUCUUAGUUAUGCUGCUUUAUAUUCUCAUGAUUUAAUUGAUACUAAUAUAAUUGAAUUGGGUCAAGUUAUUAUGGAUUUAAUUAAUGAAACCUUCCAAUUACAACCAUGUGAUAAUCAUUAUCAAACUAUUUUAAAUUGUGAUAGUCAAUAUCCUAUUAGAUUUGAUAUGAAUCGUUAUAAAUAUAUUAAAAAAGCUAUGAUUAAAUCAGUUUUAAAUGCUUCUGAUUUUAUGAUGAAAAUUUUUAAUUCAAAAGGUCCACAAUAUAUUUAUGAACAAUUUAAUUUACAAUAUAAACUUAAUUAUCAUACUAAUAGUAUUAUUGGAUUUAAUAAUAACAAUAAUAAUAAUAAUUAUUCUACUACAUCAUCAGCCAUAGCUACAUCUACAUCUACAUCUACAUCACCAGCAACUGAUAAUAUCAAUACUACUCCAACUAAUUCCAAUUCCAAUUCCAAUUCUAGUUCUGGUUCUGGUUCUGGUGUUACUACAACACCUAUAUCAUCAUAUAUUGGUUAUAGUAGUUCAAGAUCAUCAUCAGUAUCAUCUUCUUCAUCUGCUGCAUCAUCAAAUGCAAAUACACCAAAUUCAUCAUCAUGUAGUACUACUUCAACUACUCCAUUAGGUAUGACACCUCAUAAGAGACAAAAGAAUUAUUCAAAUUCUUCAUCAACUUCAUCAACUUCUUCAUCAUCGUCAUCAUCAUCAUCAUCAUCAGGGUUAAAUAAUGGUAAUUCUACAAUAUCACCAGUUGAUUCAACAACAAAUUCUCAUAUGAAGAAUUUAUCCCAAUCACUGCAAAAUUAUCAAUAUCAAUAUCAAUAUCAAUAUCAUAUUAAUAACAAACCAUCAUUAUCAGUAUCAAUACCACCACCACAAAUGCAUUCCCAUAAUCAUCAUCAUCAUCAUCAUUCUACAGUUUAUCAAAUGGUGACACCACCAAAUCUGGCCAAUAAAAAUUCCAAUAAACAAUCCGCCACCAACAACAACAACACUACCACAACUACUAAUGGUAAUAGCCAACUUCCUGCACCUCAUCAAUUAUCAUAUAAUAAUUAUUUUAAUUCUCCAAAUAUGCAACCACCACCACCAAUGAAAUAUACUCCUGGUCGAAAACAACAACAACAACAACAACAAUUAUAUCAAAGUGAUAAUUCUAGUAUUAAUUCAAAGCUCAAUAUCAAUAACAACAGUAACAACAUUUCUUCUUCAGCAGCUAGUAUUGCUUCAUCAAUAUCAACCAAUAAUUAUGAUAAUGAUAAUGAUUUAUUUUCAAGUAGUAGAAGAUUUAUGAAUUAUUCAAAUUAUUCUUCAAGUACAAUUAGUGGUAGUGUAAUGAGUGGAAUCAUAGGUAAUGGAAAUAAUAAUAAUAACAACAACAAUGGUGGUAAUAACAAUACUGAUAAUAGUGGUGUUGGUGUUGGUGGUGUUGGUGGUGUUGGUACUCCAAUUAGUGAAAAUGAUUCUCCAAUCUAUACUAAAACUCGAUUAUGUAAUAUGAUCCAUUAA